ACCAAAACCCUAAAUCACUCCAGUCACAAAACUCAGUCUUCUCUACUCAUUUUUCAAUCGCCUCUUCAAAUUUUCCGAUAAAUAAAAGAUGAGUUCCGGCGCCGGCAGUGGAACAACCAAAGGAGGCAGAGGAAAGCCGAAAGCUACAAAGUCCGUUUCUCGAUCGUCUAAAGCUGGUCUUCAGUUUCCCGUUGGAAGAAUCGCUAGAUUCCUUAAAGCCGGAAAAUACGCUGAACGUGUUGGUGCCGGUGCUCCGGUUUAUCUCUCCGCCGUUCUUGAGUACCUCGCCGCUGAGCUAUUGGAGCUUGCUGGAAAUGCGGCAAGAGAUAACAAGAAGACACGUAUCGUACCACGACACAUUCAGCUUGCAGUGAGAAACGAUGAAGAGCUUAGUAAACUUCUUGGAAGUGUAACAAUCGCUAAUGGAGGAGUUUUGCCUAAUAUUCAUCAGACACUUCUCCCAUCAAAGGUUGGGAAGAACAAAGGCGAUAUCGGAUCCGCUUCUCAAGAAUUUUGAUUCUUAUUUCUUGGUUGAAUUUUUAGCUUGUAACAUAGACAUGGCUCUCUAUUCCACAAUAGUUUUGGGAUUUUCAUAUGGUUUAAAAUCUGUGUUUGCAAAUGAAGUUAUGAAUUUGGUUUGAAGAUCAGAAAUAGUUAAA